AUGCCCAGGGAAGACAGGGCGACCUGGAAGUCCAACUACUUCCUUAAGAUCAUCCUACUCCUGGAUGAUUAUCCAAAAUGCUUCAUUGUGGGAGCAGACGACGUGGGCUCCAAGCAGAUGCAGCAGAUCCGCAUGUCCCUCUGCGGGAAGGCGGUGGUGCUGAUGGGCAAGAACACCAUGAUGCGCAAGGCCAUCCGAGGACACCUGAGGAACAACCCCGCCCUGGAGAAACUGCUGCCUCACAUCCGGGGAACGUGGGCUUUGUGUUCACCAAGGAGGACCUCACUGAUCAGGGACAUGCUGCUGGCCAACAAGGUGCCAGCUGCUGCCCGUGCUGGUGCCACUGCCCCGUGUGAAGUCACUGUGCCAGCCCAGAACACUGGUCUGGGCCAGAGAAGACCUCCUUCUUCCAGGCUUUGGGCAUCACCACUAAAAUCUCCAGGGGCACCAUUGAAAUCCUGA